CCAAGAACUCGCUCGCUCAAAAAAGAAACUCCGCCGCCUAAAUUCUUUCUGUCUGCUCUGUCCAACAAAUGGCAAUCCUUAGCCCUUUUAUUCGCGACCCCUGAAGCUGACCAAAAAUCCUCCUUUUAAUACCAUCCUCAAUUUCAAUCCUUCCCACAAAAACUAAAAAGGAAGAAGAAGGAAGCUAGCUAAGCCUUCCACACAAUUUCCUUCCCUCCUCUCAUGGCGUCUUCUUCUUCUUCUUCUUCUUCCUUGUCUACCAACACUCGCUCCCACCACCGCCCGAACUCCGCUCCCUCAUUUCUUCUUCCCCUCAGCUUCCUCUCUUCCCUCCUCCUCAUUGCCUCACCACUCGCUUAUCUUCUCUCCCUCCACAAUUCUCUGCCACUCGUUCACGCCACGCACAAGGAGGACUACGGCUCCCAAAACCCCACCGCCGCCGCCGGACGACGCACCGAUUCCUCCUCCGCCGACGGCGGAGUAGUACUACCCCUGAAGCUUACAUUCACCGCCCCGGCCAAGUACUGGACCGACGCCAUCCCCAUUGGCAACGGCCGCCUCGGCGCCGCUGUCUGGGGCGGCGUAGCUAACGAGACUCUUCAGCUUAACGAUGAUACGCUGUGGACCGGCGUUCCCGGAACCUACUCCGACCCCAAUGCGCCGGCGGCUCUAUCGGUGGUCAGAAAACUCGUCAGUUCCGGUCUCUACCCUGAAGCUUCCGCCGAGGCGAUUAAAUUGUCAGGAACUCCCUCUCAGAGGUACCAGCUGCUUGGGGACAUAGUGCUUGAAUUUGACGCCGCCCAUCAGAAUUACGAUCCAAAGACGUACAUCAGAGAACUGGAUUUGGACACUGCAAUGGCUACAGUGAAAUACUCAGUUGGGGAUGUGGAUUACACAAGGGAGCAUUUCGCAUCGAACCCACAUCAAGCAAUCGUGACCAGAAUCUCUGGGAGCAAACCGGGGUCUCUGUCAUUCACUGUUCAUCUGCACAGCAAGCUGAAUCACACUACUGCGCUCAUCCAAGGUCGUCGGAAUCAGAUCGUUCUGAAAGGAAGUUGCAGGGGUCAUCCGAAAGGCAUUCAGUUCACUGCCACGCUGGAGUUGAAGAUCGAAGGAGGGAAGACCGCAGCGGUGAGGGUUUUGGACGGCGGGAAGAAGUUGAAGGUUGAUUUUGCGGAUUCCGCAGUUCUGAUUCUGGUGGCUUCGUCUUCAUUCGAUGGGCCUUUCACCAGCCCCGUCGAUUCCAAGAAGGACCCAGAUUCAGAUUGCCGGAAGGCGUUGAGUUCGCUUGCAAAUGUGGCGUAUGCGGAUUUGAGAUUGAAGCAUUUGGAGGAUUAUCAGAGCCUUUUCCGCCGCGUUUCGUUGCAGCUCUCUCGAGGGACGAACUCAGGGAGCCGUGUUGUGUCAACUGCAGAGCGGGUGAAGUCGUUUCAGAUGGAUGAAGAUCCGUCGCUGGUGGCUUUGAUGUUCCAGUACGGCCGUUACUUGCUGAUAUCUUGUUCCAGGCCUGGAACCCAGGUGGCGAAUUUGCAGGGGAUAUGGAACGAGGAUGUCAACCCACCAUGGGAAGGAGCACAACAUUUGAACAUCAAUCUGCAAAUGAACUACUGGUCAGCACUGUCAUGCAAUCUCCAGGAAUGCCAAGAGCCAUUGUUCGACUACAUGUCCUCCCUUGCAGUCAAUGGGAAGGAGACGGCUAAAGUGAACUAUGGAGUUAACAAUGGCUGGGUUGCACAUCAGGUCAGUGACAUAUGGGCUAAAACGUCUCCAGAUCAGGGAGAUGCCGUAUGGGCUAUGUGGCCAAUGGGUGGCGCUUGGCUCUGUACUCACUUGUGGGAGCAUUAUAGCUAUACAAUGGACAAAGAUUUCCUUGGGAAGAAGGGUUACCCUUUGCUUGAAGGAUGUACAGAGUUUCUGCUAGGCUGGUUGGUGGAGGGGCAGGGAGGGAAUCUGGAAACCAAUCCAUCAACUUCUCCUGAGCACAAAUUCAUCGAUCCAGAAGGCGGAAAGCAAGCCAGUGUGAGCAACUCAACAACUAUGGACAUGUCGAUCAUAACACAAGUCUUCUCGGAUAUUCUCUCCGCUGCUGAGGUUCUAGGGAGACAGGAUGAUGAACUCAUUCAGAAAGUUCGUCGUGCUCGAGCCCGCCUUCCACCCACUAAAGUUGCCAAGGAUGGCACAAUCAUGGAAUGGGCUUCAGAGUUUGAAGACCCAGAUCCUCAGCACAGGCACGUUUCUCAUCUCUUUGGGUUGUUCCCUGGCCGCGCCAUUACUCCUCGACACACUCCUCAACUUUGCAGUGCUUCUGAAAAGACUCUUGUCAAGAGAGGUGUGGAGGGUCCGGGAUGGUCGACUGUGUGGAAAGCUGCAUUGUGGGCAAGGCUGCAAAAGAGCAGGAAGGCAUAUGAAAUGGUGAAGCAUUUGUUCAACCUGGUGGAUCCAGCCUAUGAACGAGACAACGAAGGAGGAGUUUUUAGCAACUUGUUUGCUGCUCACCCACCAUUCCAGAUUGAUGCCAACUUGGGCUUCUCGGCAGUGAUAGCAGAGAUGCUGGUUCAAGGCACAGGGACUGAACUGUACUUGCUCCCUGCUCUUCCACGGGACAAGUGGCCCAAUGGGUGUGCCAAAGGGUUAAGGGCGAGAGGAGGGUUGACGGUCAACCUGUGCUGGAAGCAAGGUCAGCUUCAUGAAGUUGGUGUUUGGUCAACGGUAGGCGAUUCUGUACAAGUAUUGCACUAUGGAGAAAAGAUGGUGAAGGCGAGUAUUGCGUCGUGUAAUUUGUACAUAUUCAAUAGUGAUUUGACGUGUGUAAGAACUGAAUCCCUUUUGGGAGAAGGUGGUUCUUGUUUGAAGAGAUUGAAAUGGUAGAUAAUUAUAUGAAGGGAUUGGAUAUUGGGCUAACUUUAUAGUAGUUUGUAUAGUACUUACUAGGAGUUUGAAACGAUUCGGUCUAUGUUCGGAUCAGACUAAAUUUGUGAGAAUUGUUUUAGGAUUAAGAACUGGAC